CUGGUGUUGGAAAAGAUGGCUGCUUCGGCGGCAACGGCGAGUUCUUCCCCCGGUUUGAGUCCGAAUUACGCCGCGAUCUGCUCCUUCCUGGAGCGCUACGGCGCGCUGCUGGACCUACCGGAGCUCACCUUCCCCCAGCUGGAGCGAUAUCUCCGGGACACAUCCUCCGUGCCGAAGCUGCUGGUUGAUCUUCACGUCAAGUUGCUGAGGAAGAUCGGCAAGUCGGUGUCGGCAGACCGAUGGGAGAAAUAUCUAGUAAAGGUGUGCCAAGAGUUCAACACAACCUGGGCAUGGGAACUCGAGCAAAAAGGGUACAAGGAGAUGCCGACGGAGUGCAAGACGGGUAUACUUAAAUAUUUGUGCGAGUGUCAGUUUGAUGAAAACGUGAAGUUCAAAACCGUCAUCAAUGAGGAGGAUCCGGAUAAGAUGCGGCUGCAGCCGAUCGGCCGGGACAAAGACGGUCAGAUGUACUGGUAUCAACUGGACCAGGACGACAACGUGCGCGUUUACGUGGAGGAACAGGACGACUUAGACGGGUCAUCGUGGAAGUGCAUCGUCAAAGAUAGAAAUGACUUGGCGGAGGUUGUGGCUCUGCUGAAGACUCAAAUUGACCCCGAGCUGUUAAAAAAAGAUCAAGAAGCCAAGGCUCUGGCCGAGGAGGGCAAAGAGAAAGCAGAAGGUGACGUUAAGAAGUCUGAGGACACAUCAGAUGAAGACUCAGACAAGUCUGUCUCACCAAAGACGGAGAGCAAUGAAAAAGUAACACAGAAAGACGACUUGAUAUCAGAAGCUUCUGAGGUGAAAUCAUCACUGAACGGCAUCGUUGAAGGGAAAGCUGAAGCAGAACUCAGCUCAGAAAAGCCCGCGGUGGAUCUCAGCAUCAGUACAAAAGCCCAGAACAUCAAAGAAGAGCCGAUGGAGGUGUCAGACAUUAAAACCAGCACAGCAACAAGUGAACCCGCCGCUGAGACGCUGUGUAUAUCAGUAAAAGCAGAAAAGGGAGAGGAGGCGAAGAAGAACAGCGCAGAGGAGAUUCAGCAGGCUCUGAAGAACGACCAACAGGCCAAAAUCCCUUUGAAAAAAAGAGGAAUGAAGUUUAGCGAAGACUUUGAAAAGAAUAGCCCCAUUAUAGUGCAAAACCCAUCUGUUUCUCAGGUCAAGGAAGCUCCGAAAGCUGACUCGGCUCCCGAACAGACAAAGAAAGCGAGUGUAAACGAUCACGUUAAUGGGGAAGUUCAGCCCACACUAGAGAAAGGCCUCCAGAGUCAUCUGUGCGAGUCACUAAAAGACAAAGAGCAGACGACUCAGCCGGCUGCAGGUGAAUCCGUAGGAACCAGAGAAAAUGACUCACCGUCCACAGUCAAGAAGAAUUUGAAAGAUAAAAGGGAUGAAGCCUGCAGUGCAGAGAAGGUCACGGAGGGAGUAGAAUCACACCGAGCAGAUGUGGACAAGAAAAAUCAAGAUAUGCAAGUAGAAAAGCAAAGUGCUGCAUCAACAGAAAAGAAAGAAGCACACGAGUCUCCGCCACCGCCAACACAACCGCCACCUUUAUCUAAAGAUGUAAAUAACGCACUUGAGAAGUCGUCUAAUCACGAAGAGCAUGAACACAUAAAAGAAAUCAAACCGGCGGAUGAAAAAGACUCUCGUACAGGAGACAAGACGAUCACGUUAAAGGAAACCGAUGAAACAUUAACAACCGGUGAGUCAGAGAAAAUCACAUCCAAAGACGUUGAAUCAAAAGAUUCAGAGGAAAAACCAGCCUGCGUAGACACGGACACAUCACGGAAAAGUCAGAGCGAAGGAACCAUGACGUCGGAGUUGACAGAAAACGUAACCGACGUGAAGCAAACGGAGACGAGAGACGCUAAAGAAAUCACAACACAAGAGGCUAACGUUGAGAAAUCUAACUCAGAGCUGAAAGAGUCACCAGGAGUCAUCAAAGCAACAGAGACGCAGUGUGCAGACAGAGAUCCUGCAAAGAAAUCGGUUGACUCUGAAGACGCCGUAUCGCCGUCUGUCAUUAAAAAGACAGAAAUACCAAAAGACGGGGAUAAUACAGAGACCCAAGGAGUCACACAAAGCUCUAAUGUUAUCAAAAAGGCUGAGAAAUCAUUAACCAGUGAGAAAUCAGAAGAAACACCCAGCACUAAAGAGAGCGUGAACUCUUCUGUUGUUAAAAAGUUAGACAAAUCAGACUCGUGUAAACCUGUCGAGAAGCAGGAUAACAUCAAAGACGCAGAGAUCACUCCGGAGAAAGGAAGUGCAGCAUCCGAGACUAACGCUGAAAAGAUGGAAGAGACGGAAAAGACGGAAAAGCCUGAAGACAUAAAGAAAACUGUCAACUGUGAAGACCAAACGGUGCAUGAUGUUGGCAAGAUAAGUGAGUCCGCGCCCGAGCCCAUGGAGGUAGAAGCAGUGGCCGUUAAACAGGAUCUGACAAAGCCACAAGAGGAUGACAAGACUGAGAUGAACUCGGAUGCACAUAAGACGACGGUGGAGGCAUCUGAAGGGAAAGAUGAACCAUCCAGUCCUGUUGAGAAGACGGACGUCUCUAAAGAAACUGAUACAAAACCUGAAAGGCCAGACACCGAACAGGAAAAGGUGCCUGAAGAACAGCCCAAAAAUAUCGAGGCAGAGCUUCCAUCAUCAGAAAGUAAAAAGGAUGCCGACAAGGAAAAUAAAAAGGAUGCAGACGAUGAAAAACUUAAGAGUGAGAGUAAGAAACACAAAGAGAGUGAAGAGGAUUCAACACCGGAUAAACUCCUAAAAACCGACGAGACAAAUGAGGAGAAACCAGCUCAUAAAGAAAGCGAAACCUCAACCAAGACGGACGAAUCUGGGCAGCAAAAUGUGAGCAAAGAACCCGACUGCAAAUCCUCAAUUGAGACCGAGAAAGCAGGACACAAGAGCAAAGACUCCGAAAAGCCCACUGACGAGGAAGGCAAAAGCAAAAGUGAGGAAGAGGAGUCCGCAAAGAAAAAAGAGGUGGCGAAUGGUGGGGAAGCUCCGCCAGAUGCUCGGGAAGAGGUUGUCCGUCGUAAAGUCAAGCGUCCGGUCCCCCGGAGGAAAGUUGAACUUCUCCGAGAGGAGAGACAAGGAGAUUCAGAGUCCGAUACGAACACGGGGAGGUCUCUUCGAAGGUCACCGAGGAUCUCCAGGCCGACGCCGAAGGCCGUGGAGAUCCACGACAAGAAGCAGGAAAAGACGCCGGCUCCUCCGCCGGCUGAGAAGCACGACGACGACAAGGGCGAGAAAGAAAAAGACGAGGACGAGGAGGAUGAGGAAGAGGAGGAGGUGAAAGCUGUUCAGAAGAAACCAAGGGAGAAAAAGGCGGAUCAGGAGGGUCAGCCCAAAUCUAAGGGGAGAAAGCGGCGGAAGGUACGAUGGUCCAACACGCGAACGCGUCGUAAAAAGAAAGGCUCGGAAGAUGAAGACGACAACAGCGACGAGGAGUCCAGCGAGGAGGACGAGACCGAGGAAGAGGACGACAGCGACGAAGACUACAAGGUUGAGCGAAGCAGAAAGAGGCGGAAUCGCAACCGCGAAAGGCGAAGCUCAGACUCCUCGACGUCCUCGGACGACGACCUACCUCCCAAUGACGACCCCUGCAAACAUUGUGGUCUUCCAAAUCACCCUGAGCUGAUCUUGCUGUGCGAUUCGUGUGACAGCGGGUACCACACAGCCUGCCUAAGACCUCCCCUCAUGAUCAUCCCCGAUGGAGAAUGGUUCUGUCCACCCUGUCAACACAAGCAGCUCUGCGACAAGUUGGAAGAGCAGCUCCAAAAUCUCGACGCUGCUUUGAAAAAGAAGGAACGGGCUGAGAGAAGGAAAGAGCGUCUAAUCUAUGUUGGAAUCAGUGUUGAAAACAUCAUCACGCCCUCAGUGGAGGUGGAGGUAGAGGAAGAAAAGCCAGCGAUCAUUAUCAAAGAGAAGAAAGAAGCAAAGAGAAGUAAGAGCUGGGGUCGAAGGUCGACGAGGGCGAAGAAAUCCAUCAGCUACAGAUUCGAUGAAUUCGAUGAGGCGAUCGAGGAGGCGAUUGAGGAAGACAUCAAAGAAGCAGAAGGCGGAGGAGCUGGUCGGGGUAAAGACAUGGCCAACAUCACAGGCCACAGAGGAAAGGACAUGUCCGCCAUCCUCCAAGCAGAGGAGGGCAAGGAGAACGGCCGCCCGCCGCGACCCACCACCGGUCAGCGCAGGAAAAAACGCCGGCGACUCAACGACCUGGACAGCGACAGCACGGUGGAUGAGGAGGAAAGCGAGGAAGAGUUUCGCAUCAGUGAAAGCUCAGAAGAAGAGUUUGUCGUGUCGGAAAACGACUCCGAGGGUGACACGGAGGCGGACUCCAACAACAGCGAGUACGGCAGCAACAGCAGCGGGAAGCAUCGCACUUCCACGCGGUCCAGGAGGCCGCGGAAACAACGACGGAGCUCCAGAAAGCGGCGGAGACCGAGAGGCUACUCGGAUGACGAGGAGGAGGAGACGGAUGAGGAUGAUGAAGAUGAAAUAGUGACUGAAGGCUCCAGUGAGUACAGCGACAGUGAUCUGGAUAUGAGCCGACGGCGGUCUCGGCGGAGUCAGAAGAAGCAGGUGAAUUACUGCGAGACGUCUGAGUCUGAAGGCUCUCAGGCAGAAACCAACCGGGCCAAAAUGAAACCCAGACGUCAGCAGGAGAGCUCCGACAGCGAGGCGAGUUUCUCCAGAGACUCUGAGGAGGAGUCGAAGGAUCGGAGGGUGAAGAGGAGAGCCGACUCCUCGGAGGAAGACUCCCGGCAGCGGCGCAGGCGGCUCGCACUAAAACGCCGGAGAGCGUCCGAAGAGGACGACUCGGACGACGACUCGGACGAAUCGUCGGAGGAGGAUCGCCCCAUCCGCAAACGGGUGAACCGCAUCGACUCGGACGACUCGGACGAGGAGCCAGAGGAGAAACCGAAGGAGAAGAAAGCGGCGGAGAAACAAGACGAGGAGUCAAAGGGAACAAACGCGGCGGACUGUAAUCCGGUGGAGCUGCCACCAACCAACGGACAGAGCCCGAUAAAGAACCUCGAGGGCCUCAUCAGCCGGCCCGCCGCCACCGCCGCCGCCACCACAACCACCGCCACCACUCCAGUCCUCAUCCCACAUCUGGAGCCACCCAAAAACACCAGUGCCACACCAGCUGCUGCCAUCGCACCAAACGGUCUGGUCGGCCAGGAGAUUGGAGCGCCGGACGAUGACGAAGACGACCUGUUAGGUGUCACAGACCUAGUGGACUACGUCUGCAAUAACGAAGACUUGUAAAAAACAAAAUGGUGUACUGUUUCAUUUUUUUUGUGGUAUUGUAUUUUUAUAUUGCUUAACUUUAUUAUUCCCCCCCCCUUCGUCCCACCGACACUUCCUCGUCGUCCUUUUUACUCGCGUCAUCUGGAGCUAGAGUCUCAGCAGUCUCGGCCACGGUAAGAACUGGAUACCUGUCACCAGUCUAACGCUGUCCCUGUGGGAUUGUAUAAGGGCACCAAACUGUCUUUUGGUUUGGUAAUAAUCCGUUUACCUGCACACCAACCGCAUCAUCCAGCUCCACUGCCAAACCUCCUGCUUUUCCUCUUUUAAAGAACGUGUCUCACAUCGUCCCGUUUUUGUUUUUACUUUUGUUGCAUCCAAGAUUUCUACAAAUUUUAGCUCCUGUUCUCGUCCACGCCGACGGACAAUUGGCACUGACGUUGUUUACGGUGAGGGGAAACAGUUAAAGAUCGCCUAUUUUUAAAUGAGUAAAAUAAAUCAUUCCGUUAUUAAUCUGAAGUUUUGGAGGCAUCUGUUAAAAAUUAAUCUUUUUUUUUACAUUUUAAUCCGUUAAAGGAAUAGUUUGACAUUUUGGGAAAAGUACUUGAUACCACUUUAAAGUCUGUACGGUGAAUAUAAGUUAUCCGAUACGUCCGAACCACUGCGGCAAAAUAGGGCCGCCCUCCUCCGUCCUGACGUAAAGUAGUCCCAAAUGGAGAGGUUCAGGGUGAUUUUAAAACAUUAGAGGGUGUGUUGUUCCUCUUUUAACGCCGCUACUUUCUGUCUGCUGAGCCCAACAGCAGCAGACAGUCGGUCUGUAACGCCCAAAACAGAUCAAAUUUUAGACAUUUUAGCAUCAAUAUUUGUACUUGAGGAAAGUUUUGAUGUUGAUACGGUUUACAGUUAUAUUUUUAGACAAUCGUAACAUAAAAAUAUGAUACCAGCACAUCCUUAGUUCUUACAAAGUCCGCCUACCAACGCCUCUGUGGCUGUGUUAUUAUGUCUGUAUAAUGUGUGUAUAAAUGUUACUUCACAGACGCCUUCACCCUCCAUAAAACAGCAAAUUUUAUUCAUUAAAAUUAUUAUUUUUUUGUUACCUUUGGGCAGAGCCAGGCUAGCUGUUUCCUCUUGUUUCCACUCUUUAUGCUAAGCUACACUAACUGGCUGCAGUAGCUUUAUAUAUUCAACAGACAGACACGAGGGUGGCUUCGAUUAUCUCAUCUAACUCCAGAAAGAGUAUUUCCCAAAAUGUCCAACUGUUUGCUUUAAACUGUUCUCUCUCUAUAUAUAAAUAUAAAUAUAUAUAAUUUGAAGCUUCAGAUGAGAAUAUUUAUUCCUGUCGAAUAACCUUCUAGACUAAUAACCAGUCGACCAACUUUGGUUUGUUAGCCCCUCCCCUCGAACUCUUUUUGUUGAAGCAGCUUUUUGUAUAUUGUAAACAUAUAAUUAUUUUAACUGUGUGUGUUGCCGUCAGUAUCAAUGGUGAACUCCCGGUUUAUUUUUGUUUGAGUACUCUGUUCGUUUCGGGGAAACAAAGUCAGAAGUAAAAAAAACUCUCAUCCCUCCUAAUCUUGAGAUCUAAUCUAGUUUCCUCUUAUUACAUUUAUGUUAUCUUUUUUUUUUUUUAUAAUGUAUUUUUUUUUUUGUAUAUCUAAACUUUUAUUUGUUGUCUUUGAGCGAAAUGUAAAGUGUCUUAUUUUCUUUGUACAUUGUCCUUCAUAGGAGGUUCAAAAACCUGCAGACUCGUGGCUUUUAACUGAAAUAACACUAAGCUCCAAAACCCUCUCUUUUUUUAUUUUAAUCUUUUAUUUUUGUUUCUUAUUCUGCUUCCUUUUUAUCUUCCUGCAUACAAAACAACAUUUCUAGUCACAAUUCUCUAUUUUCAUAAUCAUGAGUUGACAUUCGGGUCGGGUUGCAGUCGACUGACAACUUCUAAAGACCUCAAACAAAGAUGGAGAUUUGCGGAAAAUUGCAAAAAAAAAAGCCUAAUUUUUUGUUUUGAAGCGAAAGUCGGGAUGCAGUUUUUGAAUAAAGGGGGGGAGGGGGGGUGGACAGAACAAACAAACAAACAAACAAACAAACCAAUGACUUCACUGACCUCUGCUGGAACCAGUCUGUGUGUAUAUCUGUAGUUUUUGCUGUAAUAUAUUUAGAGGCAUUUUUUUAAUCAUGGAAAAAUAUAUUGGGCAAUUCUUUGGGAUUGCAUGAGUUUCUAAUAGUUUUCUUUUGUAGGGAAGUAAUAUUGGCACAACAGUUGUUUUUUUGUUUUUGUUUGGGUUUUUUUUGUAAGAAAACCAGAAAACUUUGGCAUGUUUUUUUUUUUUUUUUUUAAAGGAUUUAAUGACCUGUUGCAUCAGUGCUGAAGGACUUGUGAAGUAGAUGCUGCAGGAUUAAUCUCAUCGUUCACAGUGAAACUGCAUAGGAUGGCAUGACCUACUAAAGGUUACAGAAGCUCUGGGAGAGAAAAGGAUUAUCGUAGAGAGAGAGAGAGAGAGAGGGAGAAGGGGAAAAAAAUAAAAAAUCUAGGACAGCUGAAUCUGAUUUUAAGAGGAGAAACGAGGCCUGUUUGUAAAAUAUUUUGUAAAUUAGUCUCAGCAUGGUCUUCACAGAGGAUAAACCACUCUAUUUAUCAUACCGUUUUUUUGAUACCGGCUACGGCCAAAAACAUGACUUCCAAGACAAAACCCAUACGUGCUGCUCGCAGUGCACACAGCUUUAGGCUUCUAUACACAAUAUUUAACUUUUAGAUUAUAGUUGGACAGAAUAUAGAAAGAAAAAUAAAACCCCAAUUCAAAAUGUAAUAGGUGUGUGUGAGUGUGUGUGUGUGUGUGUGGAUCGGGUCGGAGUAAAGGAAUGUCUUAUGUGCUGUAUGUAACCCUGUUUUAAAAAAGCUCCACGGAGAUGAGGAGAAUGUAUUAUUAUUAUGAUAUAAAACCUGUAGCAAGAGGAGGAGGAGGAGGAGGAAAUAAAGGCUGCGAUGGGAUUAAGGGAGGAAGUCGGUGCCAAUGACUGAAGUGUUAACAGAGUUUUCCUAUUUACCUCAUGAUGAAUCUGGGAGGAAAGACACCCUGUCCACUGUGUAUAGAUGCUCGUAGACUGGUUGUUGGUGUUUUGUCAGCUCCUUACUUUUUUUUUUUUUUUUUUUUUUUGUUAACUUUACUGUUAUUUCUUAUGAAUCUGAUCUUGUACAUUUGUCAUAAUAAAAUGGGUUUCAAGCCUCA